AUGCGCUGUGUGAAUUUCCUGGUGUGGGACGUGGGCGGUCAGGAGAAGCUGCGACCUCUGUGGAAGUCGUACACCCGUUGCACCGACGGGAUCAUCUUCGUGGUGGACUCCUGCGACGCGGAGAGGCUCGAGGAGGCGAAGAUGGAGCUGACCAGGACGGCCAGGAGCCCUGACAACGCUGGCGUGCCUAUUUUGAUCCUGGCCAACAAGCAGGACCUGCCAGGUGCCAAAGAGGUCGGCGAGCUGGAGAAGCACCUAGGCGUCCUGGAGCUGGCAGGCAUGCCCGGCAGCGCGUGCAUCAGGGUGCAGCCAGCCUGCGCGAUCACCGGCGAAGGUCUGCACGAAGGACUGGACACGCUGUACCAGCUGAUCCUGAAACGGCGCAAGCUCGCCAAGCUGAACAGGAAGCGGGCCAGGUAGGCCAGGGCCUCGGAGGACUGCACGUGCGUCUUCUGAUAUUGUCAGUCGCGGACAGUCUCUCCUUUGGCGCCAGCUACGCCUUCCACGGUGUCUUCAUCCUUGUCCGCCUCGCCGUCGCGCGACGCCGACGUCCGCGGGGUGCUCGAGUGAACGUGCGCUCGUCACGUGGACAAUCCUCUGUCUCUGUACCGGGUGAACACGCGAGCUGUUCACCGAUUUUCAACGAUUCAGCGUCGAACGACGCUGGCGAGCCGGGUCGUGUCCCGGCACGCGACUCGAACGGACUCAAGGUCUCUCAUGGACAGCCUUGAGAUCGAUCUCCAGUCUUCCUUCGAAGUCUCUUCCACUGACGGACAGGAAUCGAAGGGAAGCUUGUCCUCGCUGGAGAAGCUCCUCCAGCGAGUUUGCGAUUGUCUUUUCUUUUUACCGAUCCCGAGGACGGCUCCCCGAUUCGCGAGGGAGCGUCGCGAUCGAGGAUGAUGUUCGACGAUCGAGGGAUCACGGACAGGGACGAACCGGAAGUCGAUUCGUUCCUCGAACGACAACGAAAAAUUGCUUCGUCGCCGCGUUAGCCCUUUGACCGCUGGACGCUGCUGGAGCAAACUGCCCGCGUGGACUACUGGUUAGGGAUAACUGUUGCUAGCGUGAACUUCGAUUCUUCGCUGACGUGUACAAGCUUUUCUUUCGUUCGACGCUAGGUUUACGUCAAUUCGAUGUUGAAUUCUAAACGCUUGGUCAGUGUUUAUAACACCUUCGCACCUCUAAUUUCCAAGGUCUAAACGAGCAUCAGUUUGUCCAACGAUCGAGUAAACAACAAUAAAUGCUCGUGGACCGUUCCUGUCGUUGAAAGAAUGAAUGUAUUCGUACACUGAUACUUCUGAGUACGAAGGUGAUUGGAAACAUUCACGAGUGUGUAUAAUUUCUCCGUAGUCCCUGAUACUCUUGACACUUGUACGCGACAGUCCACGCUGGUAGCUUCCGCCGACACGCGUGUCCGCAGCGCUCGAAGGGAUAGAGGAAGCUGUAUUUCACCGGAGCAUACGGUUCCGAGUGUUUGUCAGCGGCGAAUCGAGUCGGCCCGAGACGCCCGCCUAUUUUGUUACCGAGGGUCGGGUCAGCGGGGAGGUGUCGCGAUAACGGCGGCUUCGCGGCCGAUAACGAUGACGUCGUCCCGUAUUAAUAACGGUGACGAGUGCCGCGAACAAAGACCGCGCUAUCUGUCAAUGGGAAUGACGUCCGUGGACAUGGAUCAGCGUUGGAACGAUCAUUGGCGGUGGGACGCUGGGAAGAAGCUUCUUAUCGGGCGGUUCACGCGACGGGACAAAAAACUCCGGGGAAGCAGAUAAGGAACCGUUUCCUCGUUAUCAAUCGGAGAGCAAAUUAUUUGACUUCGAUGACCGUGUAACGAGCGUGAACCCGAGCACCGGGAAUUCUUAUAUUUUUCUUGCUCGACUUCGAUAAGGACUUCGUUUUUCACUUUGACUCGUAGGCGGAACUGUUGAUUAGGCUCAAGGCCCACAUACACGCUGGAACAUGCUGCGAUUCAGGUGUCACGUAUAAAAUAGAUAAAUAGCGAGAUAAAGAUAAAAAGGAAGUAGUACACUAGGUUCAUUCCUCGCGUGGAUUAGAACGAAAUGAACGAGGUCUGAACUUUAACACUAAAACUACCAGAGGGGUCAAAUGACCCAUGUCUUCUUUUUGCAAUUGUUAGAAAGGUAACAAAUGGUUCUCUGAGAAAUUAUCGAGGAAAUUCAUUUAGCACUACGCAAAUUGAAUUGUAAAUCAAAGUCUGAACAGAUGCCCUCUUGAAAUUUCUAUAGCGAAAUUUUCAAAAAUCAAUUGCUCGGUAGUUUUAGUGUUAAUAAGAAUCAGAGUGCACGUACGGUGUAAUCCGUUCAACUCGUAGAUUCUUAUGUCACUCGUCUAAUUAGUCUAAAUCCGCAGAGAAGAAUUAAAUGGACAAUACAUUCGCUGCGCUCUUUAUUGAACUGAGACUCACGAGUUUCGAUACAGAACUGCCUGUGUCAGGAGUUUCUUAUGUACUAAGUUGGUGAGUAAUUUUAUCUUUUGAGUUUGGUGCUAGAAGAUGAGCGUGUCACAUUGCUACGAGCGAUGGGUUUGAGCGUCUGCCACUUUUGUUCGAGUGCUACACGUAUAAUCAACCUCUGGAAGACUCAAACCCAUCGCUAGUAGCAACGGGUUCGAGCCUCUUCCGCUUCUUGCUUGAGUGCUACAUUUAUAAUCAAACUCUGGAAGACUGAAGCUCAUCAUUCGUAAUGAGUCUGCAUCGUCGCGGGUUUCAACGUAUGUGAAGGCCUUCAAAGAAGUUAACCCUCUGCGGACGAAGAUUCUACGAAACGUACAAAACCUUCAACAUACGAAGCUAAAUUAUAUAUCGAUUACUUAAUUAAUAUAAGAAGAGAAAAUGUGCUGAUCUCUUGCUGUUUCACUAAUUAGAUCAUUCACGACUUACUCUUCCAAAUUUGAACAUUUCAUCUCACCGAGAUGCCGACGUCCGUCCGCAAAGGGUUAAAUUUGGUUCAAGGACGAUUCGAUCGUCGCGGAAGCUAGUCCCAUCGUCAGAUCCUUUGUCCAUGUUCUUUUCUACGAUCAUCGACGUUUCGUCAGCCUAAUCGACCGAGGACAGGAUGGUCCCCGUAAACCGUGGCCGAACCUCCAAACAAUCAUCGUAAUCGAUAAAUAUUUGAGCUAGGAGAAACUCGUAGUGCGCGUCGGUAGAUGUCGAGGUGGAUCGCGGACCUAGGUGUCCCGGCGACGACCGUGCCUCUCCGGAUUUUUGCACCUUUAU